AUGGCUUUAUUACCCUAUCACCUCAUUCAAGGCGGCAUCCUUUAUGGCAUGGAGAGCACCGCAAUGGAUCCCCUGAAGCCUGAUUUUGAGCAUGAAGUUAACAUCGUGAUCGAUAUGCCCGGCUAUGAUCCCAGCAUUCAGCCGGAACCCGGCGAAACCAGAAGGGCAUUAUUGAAGGUGGACUUACUGAUCUUGCCUUUCAUUGUCAUAUGCUUCUGCUUUCUUCAGUUUGACCGUACGAAUAUCGGUAAUGCAUUAACCGACACGCUCCGAGCUGAUAUCCAAGUCGAUAACUCGGCCAUAAAUCUUGCUCAGACUUUGUUCACGGUAGGCUUCGUCAUCACCGAGUUACCUUUCAAUGUGAUAAGCAGAUACAUGGGUCCGGAGCGUUUUCUUCCUAUUACCAUGUUUCUCUGGGGCGUUGCGACGUGGUCUCAGAUCUUCAUCAAGAACGCCUCUGGGCUCCAAGCGGCUCGCUUCUUCAUCGGGGCUCUUGAAGGAGGAUAUAUCCCUGGUUUUGCUCUGUACAUCUCAAAGUUUUACACGAAUCAAGAGCUAGCAUUGCGGUAUGCAAUAUUUUGGGCUUCAAACAGUUUUGCCGGAAUCCUGGGAGGGCCGUUUGCCAUUGGGCUUCUUUCUCUUGGAGGACGACAUGGUCUGGGAGGAUGGCAGUGGUUGUUUCUGAUCGAGGGUGUAUUGACAUGCUUCCUGGGACUCGUCGCAUAUAUCUAUCUUCCACACAGCGCUGUGACUCCCAAAACGUUCUUCGGCAGAUCAUUCAACACGUUCACAGCUAGAGAGGGGUCAAUUCUCACUACCCGAGUGAUCAAAAACGACCCCACCAAAGCCUACAGACAGAAAAAUAGAGUAUCGCCCUCGGAUAUUCUCGAGACGUUCCUAGACUGGCGACUAUACGGCCACAUCAUAGGCGGAUUUCUCUCCAUGGUCAUGAUCUCACCGAUGAACACCUAUGCCCCUUCUAUAAUCAAGGGUCUCGGAUUCACGAGUCUACAAGCCAACGGCCUCAACUCGGUUGGCAGUGCAUGUGCCCUGGUUAUGUCUAUAUUGCUGGCAUUCAGCAGUGAUAGGUUCCAGGAACGAGGAGUUCACAUCGCAAUUGGAUACCUGUGGGGUGCGGCGGGGAUAUUAUGGCUAGCACUGACACCUGAAGCUAGUGGGAAGUGGAUUCUCUAUGGAGGAGUAAUAUGGACUCAAAUGGGCAUGGGUUGUGCUCAAGCAAUCAGCGCGGCCUGGUUAACUGCAAAAAUGCAAGAUCAUAAGCGCCCUGCUGCUCUGGCGGCGUAUGUGAUGAGCAUCCAGCUCGCGAAUUUCCCAGGGAAUCAGCUUUUCCGGUCACAAGAUGCACCUCGGUAUACUCGAGGUUUGAUUAUUGCUGCCUCUUGUACGAUUGCCGCAGCAGUUGUUAUUCUAUUCUGGAAGUUGCUUUACCGUUUAUAUGAUCACGGAGACAGUGGUGUUGAAGUUAAGUAUGGUGUUGCCGAGCCGCGAGAGAAACAGAUAGAGCCCCAAGGCGGCAGUCAAGGUGUAUAA